CCUAACCAAACUAUCCCUGAUCUUCAGCCACAUGCUGGCAGAACUAAAAGGAAUCUUUCCAAGUGGACUCUUUCAAGGAGACACAUUUCGGAUUACUAAAGCAGAUGCUGCGGAAUUUUGGAGAAAAGCUUUUGGAGAAAAGACAAUUGUCCCUUGGAAGAGCUUUCGACAGGCCCUACAUGAAGUACAUCCCAUCAGUUCUGGGCUAGAGGCCAUGGCCCUGAAAUCCACUAUUGAUUUAACCUGCAAUGAUUAUAUUUCUGUUUUCGAAUUUGACAUCUUUACACGACUCUUUCAGCCCUGGUCCUCUUUGCUCAGGAAUUGGAACAGCCUUGCUGUAACUCAUCCUGGUUACAUGGCUUUUCUGACGUAUGAUGAAGUGAAAGCUCGACUCCAGAAAUUCAUUCACAAACCUGGCAGUUACAUCUUCCGGCUGAGCUGUACUCGCCUGGGUCAGUGGGCUAUUGGGUAUGUUACUGCUGAUGGGAACAUUCUUCAGACAAUCCCUCACAAUAAACCUCUUUUCCAAGCACUGAUAGAUGGCUUCAGGGAAGGCUUCUAUUUGUUUCCUGAUGGACGAAAUCAGAAUCCUGACCUGACAGGCUUAUGUGAACCGACUCCCCAAGACCACAUCAAAGUGACCCAGGAACAAUACGAAUUAUACUGUGAGAUGGGCUCCACGUUCCAACUGUGUAAAAUAUGUGCCGAAAAUGAUAAAGAUGUAAAGAUUGAGCCCUGUGGACACCUCAUGUGCACAUCCUGUCUCACAUCCUGGCAGGAAUCAGAAGGUCAAGGCUGCCCUUUCUGCCGAUGUGAAAUUAAAGGUACUGAGCCCAUUGUGGUAGAUCCAUUUGAUCCUAGAGGAAGUGGCAGCCUAUUGAGGCAAGGAACAGAGGGAGCUCCUUCCCCGAAUUAUGAUGAUGAUGAUGAUGAACGAACCGAUGAUUCUCUCUUCAUGAUGAAGGAACUGGCUGGUGCCAAGGUGGAAAGGCCUCCUUCUCCAUUCUCUAUGGCCCCUCAAGCUUCCCUUCCCCCAGUGCCACCAAGACUUGACCUUCUGCAACAGCGAGUAUCUGUUCCUUCAAGUACUUCUGGUCUUGGAACCGCCUCUAAGGCUGCUUCUGGCUCCCUUCAUAAAGACAAACCAUUGCCAGUACCCCCCACACUUCGAGAUCUUCCACCACCACCCCCUCCAGACCGGCCUUAUUCCGUUGGAGCAGAAAACCGGCCUCAGAGACGGCCCCUGCCUUGUACACCAAGCGAUUGUCCAUCCAGAGACAAAUUGCCCCCUGUCCCCUCUAGCCGUGUUGGGGACUCAUGGCUGUCCCGGCCAAUCCCCAAGGUACCAGUAGCUGCCCCAAGUCCCAGUGACUCCUGGACAGGAAGAGAAUUAACCAACCGACACUCACUUCCAUUUUCAUUACCCUCGCAAGUGGAGCCCAGAGCAGAUGUGCCUAGGCUUGGAAGCACGUUCAGUCUGGAUACCUCUAUGAAUAUCAGUAGCAGCCCAUUAGCAGGUCCAGAGUGUGAGCACCCCAAAAUCAAACCUUCCUCAUCGGCCAAUGCCAUUUACUCUCUGGCUGCCAGACCUCUUCCCGUGCCAAAACUGCCGCCUGGGGAGCAGUGUGAGAAUGAGGAGGACACAGAGUAUAUGACUCCCUCUUCUAGGCCUCUCCGGCCUCCGGACACAACCCAGAGUUCACGAGCAUGUGAUUGUGACCAGCAGAUUGAUAGCUGUACAUAUGAAGCAAUGUAUAAUAUUCAGUCCCAGGCGCCACCCGUCACCGAGAACAGCACCUCUGGUGAAGGGAAUUUGGCUGCAGCCCAUGUCAGCACUGGCCCUGAGGAAUCAGAAAAUGAGGAUGAUGGGUAUGAUGUCCCUAAGCCACCUGUGCCGGCAGUGCUGGCCCGCCGCACUCUCUCAGAUAUCUCUAAUGCCACCUCCUCCUUUGGCUGGUUGUCUCUGGAUGGUGAUCCCACAACAAACUCUACUGAGGGCUCCCAAGUUCCUGAGAGGCCCCCUAAACCAUUCCCUCGGAGAAUCAACUCUGAACGGAAAGCGGGGAGCUGUCAGCAGGGUGGCGGUGCUGCUGCUUCUGCCACCGCCGCUGCUUCGCCGCAGCUCUCCAGCGAGAUCGAGAACCUCAUGAGUCAGGGCUACUCCUACCAGGACAUUCAGAAAGCUUUGGUCAUUGCCCACAACAACAUUGAGAUGGCCAAAAACAUCCUCCGGGAAUUUGUUUCAAUUUCUUCUCCUGCCCACGUAGCCACCUAGCACACUACCUCCUGCUGCAGCUUUAGCGGACCGGUGAGCUGGGAG